AUGAACCUCAAGGCUGCCGAGACAGAGGCGGCUUCAGCGGACAACCGCCCGGAACCGCAGGUCGACUCCGAAAGCAAAAAGUCGCUGCAGCAGGAAGAAUCGCACAGGGCUCUCGUAUCAACAAAGCCGCCUCCUAGGGGCUUUGGUGACGAGAUCUUCCGUCUAUGCACGGCGCCCGAGGACGUUUCGUCACUUCUGGCUUCCAACCCCGACAUUACACCCAAUGAAGCAUGGGAGCAGCUGUACGGCAAGGGCUCGGACUCGGGCCCGGGGGUAACAAAUGCCAUCGUCAACGGGGCACCGCCACUAGAAAGGCUAGAAAGGGCAGCCAGGUGUGGAAAAUGGGGCGAGAACAGGCCUAGUGAUUUAUUCCUCGAGAUGUAUCACGACGCAUUGACGACUCUUGAUGAGGACCUGACCCAAGGAGUAGUUAGCCCAUCACUCAUGGGCAGCAAUGGUGUUAUGCCACUCACAGUCAUUUCAACAAUACCCGACAUCGUGCGGCAUAUGGCGAACCUGAUUGUUGCCGCCGAGCAUGACGUCUUGAUUGCAACCAACUUUUGGCAGAACAGUGAAGCGUCCAAAUACAUUACCGACGCCAUCAGGGAGCUAUCUAGGCGGGCUGAGGGGCGCGACAAGAAGGUUGUGGUCAAGGUAAUGUACGACCGCGGCUCGGUGAGGCAAGUCUUUGACCAACACCACAUCGUCCCGGAGAAGGAUUACACAGGCAAGGCCGUGGGUCUUCCAAAGCCUAGCGAAAUUCCAAACGUUGAUUUGGAGGUCAUGAACUACCACAACCCGCUGCUCGGAACGUUCCAUGCCAAGUACAUGGUCGUGGACAGGAGGAUUGCCGUCUUGCAGAGCAACAAUAUUCAGGACAAUGAUAACCUCGAGAUGAUGGUACAUUUGGAGGGCCCAAUCGUCGACUCUGUGUACGACAUGGCACUUCUGAGCUGGCACAAGGCCUUGACGCCGCCACUCCCGACGGCAAACAAACCCGCCGCUACCGAGACCCCACGAUGCUUCGAUAGUCAGUACAACACAGAAGAUGAGACACAAAAUGGAUACAACCACAACACACCAGACGAGCCAUACCCCGAACACACGACGAGCGACCCUCACUACGACGCCACCAUAUCCGCCGAGGUCCGCCGGGUCCAGGCAUCCGUGACGCCGAUACCGGGCGAAUCUCGGCGCGCGGCCGUCACAAAGCACCUGAACCACACCACCAACAAAGACUUUACCCCGCUGGCGGAGCAUCUCGUCUCGGACAGCGUGGUCGGCGAGGAUCCGGAAAAGAUCAUGACGCCGUACGUCAAGCAUCAGCCGCACCAACACUUCCCAAUGGCCUUGGUGAACCGCCCGCCGUACGGGCCACCCAAGAACCAUGACGUCAAGAACCCCCAGAACGCGGCGUGGCUGGCCGCCCUCCGCUGCGCGACGCGAUCCGUCUUCAUUCAGAGUCCCACUCUCAAUGCUGAGCCGCUGCUGCCGGCCAUCAUUGACGCUUGCGAGAGGGGUGUGGAGGUGACGUGUUAUAUCUGUCUCGGAUACAAUGACAUUGGCGAGCUCCUCCCAAUGCAAGGCGGUCACAAUGAAAUGAUAGCCCACCGACUACACACGUCUCUCUCGGAGGAGGCGCGGCCUCGGCUGCACUACCACUGGUAUGUGGCCAAGGACGCGACGGCGCCGCUGCACCAGGGGAAGCGGCAGCGUUCGUGCCACAUCAAGCUGCUGGUUGCCGACUGGAAGGUUGCCGUGGUCGGCAGCGGGAACCAGGACACGCAGAGUUGGUGUCACAGCCAGGAGGUGAACGUGCUGCUGGACCUGCCGGAAGAGAUUGCGGAGCAGUGGAGGGAGGCGCUCGAGGUUCGCAAUCAGAACACAGGCCUGUAUGGGCUUGGCAGCAACGAGGACGGCGUUUGGAGAGAUGCAGAAGGGAGGGAGGCGGACGAGGCGAUUGGGAUCGAUCCGGGGAGGUUCAGCUGGGGCAAGGGGAUUAUGGGGGCGGUCAAGAGGUUGAAGGGGACGGGUGGGUUUUGA